AUGAGUGAAAGGAGAAGAUCUGCAGUCGCCCUGAGCUCGCGAGCACAUGCCUUCUCCGUUGAAGCCUUGAUCGGCUCAAAUAAAAAGCGGAAGCUGCGAGACUGGGAGGAGAAGGGGCUGGACCUGUCCAUGGAGGCGCUGAGCCCCGCGGGCCCACUCGGAGACACGGAGGACGCGGCCGCGCACGGCCUGGAGCCUCACCCGGAUUCCGAGCAGAGCACUGGUUCAGACUCUGAGGUGAUCACUGAGCGGUCUUCCUGCUCCUUUGACACUCACACUGACCUGGGCCCUGGUGCUGCAGGCCCUGUGCCUGCUGCCAUGUCUUCCAUGGAGGAGAUUCAGGUGGAGCUGCAGUGUGCUGACCUCUGGAAGAGGUUCCAUGACAUUGGAACCGAGAUGAUCAUCACCAAAGCAGGCAGGAGGAUGUUUCCUGCCAUGAGAGUGAAAAUCACUGGCCUGGAUCCACACCAGCAGUACUACAUAGCGAUGGACAUUGUACCUGUGGACAAUAAAAGAUACAGAUAUGUGUAUCACAGCUCCAAGUGGAUGGUGGCUGGCAACGCUGAUUCCCCUGUGCCCCCAAGAGUUUAUAUACACCCUGAUUCUCUAGCUUCUGGAGAUACUUGGAUGAGACAGGUGGUCAGUUUCGACAAACUCAAGCUGACCAACAAUGAAUUGGAUGAUCAAGGACAUAUCAUUCUUCACUCUAUGCACAAAUACCAGCCUCGGGUUCAUGUGAUUCGCAAGGAUUUCAGCAGCGACCUUUCACCCACCAAACCCAUCCCUGUUGGGGAUGGAGUGAAAACAUUCAGCUUUCCUGAGACCGUGUUUACCACAGUCACGGCCUAUCAGAACCAGCAGAUCACCAGAUUAAAAAUUGACCGAAACCCUUUUGCUAAAGGAUUCAGAGAUUCUGGAAGAAACAGAACCGGACUGGAAGCCAUCAUGGAGACUUAUGCAUUCUGGAGACCCCCUGUGCGCACACUCACCUUUGAAGAUUUCACCACCAUGCAAAAGCAGCAAGGAGGCAGCACAGGCACUUCCCCAACCACCUCCAGCACUGGGACACCAUCCCCUUCAGCUUCUUCUCAUCUUUUAUCUCCAUCCUGUUCUCCUCCAACAUUUCAUCUGGCCCCCAACACUUUCAACGUGGGCUGCCGAGAGAGCCAGCUGUGUAACCUAAACCUCUCUGAUUAUCCACCAUGUGCCCGAAGCAACAUGGCUGCCUUGCAGAGCUACCCAGGGCUGAGUGACAGUGGCUACAACAGGCUCCAGAGUGGCACUGCUUCAGCCCCUCAGCCCUCCGAAACCUUCAUGCCCCAGAGGACUCCAUCCCUGAUCUCAGGAAUACCUACUCCUUCCUCGUUGCCUAGCAACAGCAAGAUGGAAGCCUACGGUGGCCAGCUGGGAUCCUUCCCCACUUCCCAGUUUCAGUAUGUCAUGCAGGCAGGCAAUGCAGCCUCCAGCUCCUCAUCACCACACAUGUUUGGGGGCAGCCACAUGCAGCAGAGCUCCUACAAUGCCUUCUCUCUCCACAACCCUUAUAAUCUAUAUGGAUACAAUUUCCCCACUUCCCCAAGGCUAGCUGCAAGCCCAGAAAAACUGAGCACCUCUCAAAGCACUUUACUCUGUUCUUCUCCUUCCAAUGGGGCCUUUGGAGAGAGGCAGUACCUGCCUACAGGGAUGGAGCAUGGCAUGCACAUGAUUAGCCCCUCAGCCAAUAAUCAGCAGGCGACUAACACCUGUGAUGGCCGGCAGUAUGGGGCGGUCCCGGGCUCCUCCUCCCAGAUGUCCGUUCACAUGGUUUAG